AUGCACUGUCUUGGAAUAGUGCUGCUGUUUCUGGCAGCACUGUUUAGUGCAUCGCACGCCAAUGUCGUCCUGAUGGUUGCGGAACCUGAGGACGCAUGCACCAAUGUCAGUGUACCUGUGCUCGACGGCAAGCCAUGGAUUGCCCUGAUAGUGCGCUCGGAAAGAGCUAGAAAAGAUUGCAGCUUUGAUAUCAAGGUCCAACAUGCUCAGGAUGUUGGCGCUGUUGCUGCAAUUGUGUAUGAUGAUGUGUACGAGGCGCUGAUCAUCAUGUCGAAGCCCAGAGAUCACCAGGACCCGGGCAUCCCUGCGGUCUUUGUGGCGCAGAAGACCGGCAUUAUGAUGAAGAAGCUCAUGUCCCCGGGUACCACCGUUGUGCGCAUCACACCGAUUGCAGAUGCUGUGUGGAUGUCCAUGCUUCUCAGCGCCUUUGCUGGCGUCUUGGCAGUGACAGUGGUGGUAGCCACAUUUUAUUUCAUCAGUGGGAGGCGGCACAGGAUACGGAACAUGCCCGGCCGCCUGGGGUACAGCCUGCUGCGGGGAGGGGAUGAGGGCAUGACGCCUGCAGAGCUGCGCACACUGCCCAUCGUCAUACAUGAGCGACACCACCACCAUCAUUCCCACGACUACUCCCACGAGCUUGUGGACCUGGAGGCUGGCAUCCCGAGCUCAAACUCCUCGAGCGAGGCCAGCAGCCCCAGAGGGCCCAAGGGCGGUGGAACGCUGAAAACUUGCGCCGUGUGCAUUGAGGACUACAGGGAUGGUGAGAAGCUGCGCGUGCUGCCCUGCAAGCACCGCUUCCACCUGGAGUGCAUCGACCAGUGGCUGUCUGCGCGCAAGCCGCUGUGCCCCAUCUGCAAGUGGGACGCGCUGCAGCCCUUCACACCCCUAAACGCCGAAGAGGAAGAGGGAGCUGCUGAGCCGCCCGCCACCACUUCCGCCUUCUCCUUCUCCACCAGGAGGUGGCGAUGGGCUUGGAGCCGGCCGCGCGCCAUUGCAGCGGCAGGCAACCAUGGCGGCGGUACAGGGACCGACGCAGGCGCGGCUGGCGCGGAGGGCAUGGAGCGCGCCAGCAGCAGCAGGGAUGCUGGCCUGUCCACCACACCCUCCAACUUCCCUGGCAUGCAUGCCGUGCGCCGCAGCCAGGACGCUGGGCAGCGAGCCUUGGUGCUGAACAGGCCGGAGCAGGCAGUGACGUGGCGGGGCAGCAGGCUUCCGGACCAGCUGCGGACGCCCAAACACAGCAACCAACCUGAUGAAUGUGAUGGCACACCAAGUCUUGCAGAGGUUCCCUGUGUGCUGCAGUGA